AUGUCGUCUGCUUUCUAUGAUUUAGCACCUAAAGAUAAUAAAGGUGAGCCUUAUUACUUCAGCCAGCUGGAGGGUAAAGUUGUCUUGAUAGUGAACGUGGCAUCUAAAUGUGGGUUCACGGUUCAAUACGAUGAGCUGGAGAAGCUAUACAGCAAAUACAGCGACAGGGGCUUUGUUGUUAUAGGGUUCCCCUGUAAUCAGUUUGGCCACCAGGAACCAGGAACAGAUCAAGAUAUUGCUGAGUUCUGUAAGACCAAGUAUGGAGUCUCGUUCCCUAUUAUGCACAAGAUCGACGUCAACGGACACAACGUGGACCCGGUCUACCAGUACUUGAAGAAGCAGAAAUCUGGUCUGUUCGGCCUGAGCCGAAUUAAAUGGAACUUUGAGAAGUUCCUGGUUAACAAACAUGGUCAAGUUGUGCAAAGGUAUUCUUCUAUGACGAAGCCUCAUUCUUUGGAGAGUGAAAUUGAGAAACUACUGAACGAAAAGUGA